AUGAAGGGUGUGCAACGACAAUUGGGUAUGAUGAGGUGUUGGCAGAGAAGGAUUGUUAGUGGUUUAGCUUUAUUAUGGCAACAAGGAGUGGAAGUAAUUGUUCUUUCUUCUUCUCGAGGGCAUAUUGAUGUCAUUUUGCAUGGAGUGGAAAUGGAGACUUUCCGUUUUAUUGGGUUUUGUGGUAAUCCCAAUAUGAGGCUACGACGACACUCUUGGGAUUUGCUUCAUCGAAUUGGAGGGUCUAUUCAUGGCCCACAGCUAGUGGGAGGUGAUUUCAAUUAA